AUGUAUAGGUGUGGUAGUGGCACUAAUAAUAAUACCAUGGUGUUUUCCAUGCCUUAUGAUGGAGAAUCACCUACUUCUUCCACUGUUGUUGAUUGUACACUCUCUCUAGGCACUCCGGCCACUCGUCUGGCCGGAGAUUACGAGAGAGUGAAUAAUGAAAGAAAACCUUCUUCUAAUUCCAACGACUCCAAUUGGUCUACUAGUUUUUGUUGGGAUAUUUUGCAUCCCAGCCAAAAAUCUAACCUCGGUACCGACUCUUUGAGACGGUGUGCUAAUUGCGACACCACCUCUACCCCUCUUUGGCGAAAUGGCCCUCGUGGCCCUAAGUCAUUGUGCAAUGCAUGUGGGAUAAGGUUCAAGAAAGAAGAGCGGCGAGCAAAUGCGGCGACGGCUGGCGGCGGUGACACGACGGAGACGCACCAUUACCAACCAACAAUGAACGGGAACCCGUGGGUGCACCACACUCAAGCAACUCAUAAAGUGUCGCCGUCAUGUUACACACCGGCGGCGGCGAAAGUGAAUGAAUUUAGGUUUAUGGAUGACGUGGACGACAGAGAUUCUCCGUUCCUAUCGUGGCGUCUCAACGUUACAACUGACAGACCAGGUUUAGUCCACGGGUGUACGAGAUGAAUGUGUGGCC